AUGGCUCAACUCGACACCAUGCAUCUAUCAAUGCCCCAGCUCGUCGGUGCCCUGGCUGCCCUCUAUAUCAGUUACAGCGUCGCCCGCAAGUUCUAUGUCAAUGCGCAAAUCAAGAAAUUGGGCGCUCGCGCGCCGAUCCGAAAGAGUUACCUCCCCUGGAAUUUUGACCUCAUUUGGGAAACUAUCCAGAGCGCGCUGGAUGAUAGAAUUUAUGAGCUGUGGACCGACAUAUUCAACAAGGAGUGCCCGACCGGACGCUACACCGUCGAGUUUGGGGGCAGCGAUCGCCUCAUCUUGACCGCAGAACCGGAGAAUAUUAAAGCUAUUCUGGCGACUCAAUUUAAAGACUAUGGCAAGGGAGAGCAAUUCACCAAAGAUUGGUAUGACUUUUUGGGCCACGGCAUCUUCACCACUGACGGCGAGCUAUGGCACAACUCACGCCAGCUGAUCCGCCCGCAAUUUAUCAAGGACCGCCUCAGCGACAUUGACAUUUUUGAGCAGCAUACCCAGCUUCUUAUCUCGAAGAUUGGCAAUGACCAAGAAACCGAUGUGCUCGACAUGAUGUUUAGGUAUACUCUGGACGCAGCCACACAUUUCCUCCUGGGCGAAAGCGUCGGCAGCCUCGAAGAGCCAAAGACUGAAUUUGCUGAUGCAUUCCACAACGCCCAGCGUGUCCAGAGCCUCAUCGCCCGAGUUGGCCCCAUGAACUGGAUUAUCCCUCGCCGCUACAUGGGCUUCUACGACUCCAUCAAAAAAAUCAACAAAUUCGUCUCCACCUUCAUCGACCGCACCCUGGCCCUCUCCCAAGAUGAACUAGAGAAAAUCUCAAAAAACGAUGAAGACUACACCUUCCUCCACGCCCUCGCCUCCUACACCCGCGACCGCUCCACCCUCCGCGACCAAAUGGUCAACAUCCUUCUCGCCGGCCGCGACACAACCGCCUGCACUUUAACCUGGGCAAUCUACCACCUCUCCGUCGACCCAGUCAUCACCGCCAAACUCCGCCAGGAAAUCAUAAACACCGUCGGCCUCGACAACAAACCCACGUACGAGAAUCUAAAGAAUAUGAAGUACCUCCAGCACGUCAUAAACGAGACUCUCCGCCUCUACCCCGUAGUCCCGUACAACAUCCGCAUGGCCGUAAAAGAUACUACACUGCCCGUUGGCGGCGGCCCCGACGGCACCCUCCCCAUCGGCAUCCGCGCAGGCACCGCAAUCGGCUACUCCACCCUCGUCAUGCAGCGCCGCGCAGACCUGUACCCACCCACAUCCGCUUCGUUCCCCCCACCAUCCGCAUUCGCGCCAGAUCGUUGGGACUCCUGGACGCCCAAGAGCUGGACGUACAUUCCGUUCAACGGAGGCCCCAGGAUCUGCAUCGGACAACAGUUUGCGCUCACGGAAAUGGGAUAUACGCUUGUGCGCUUGUUGCAGCGGUUUGAGACGGUGGAGAAUAGGAUGGGUGGCGUGGAGCCGGGCAUGCAUACGGAUAUUGUGUUGCAGCCUGCCAAGAAGGUCAAGGUUGUUUUCAAGUGA